AUGGCCAGCGAGUCACAGCCAGCCGCUCACUCUCCCACGGCCAAGGGCGACGAUGAGGUGCUGUCCCAACGGACCUUCCCAGGCCAGGGAGAGGCAUCAUUGCUAGCUGCAACCUCUCAUGCUGCUGAGGUCUCUAGAAUAAAGCAGAGUCUGAAGCGGGCCGAGGAAGAGCUCGGCCAAGCAAAGAAACAACUCGAGAAGGAGCAAGGAGCGGCCACUGAGGUUGAAACCCUCAAGAAGGCCGAUGAUCCUUUCUGGAACAAGAAACUUCAGGAUAAGCCGGCCAACAAGGUCAGGGCAAAGAGCAAGGCUCCCAAGAAGCCUGCCAAGAAGAAGACAAAUGCAAUUGAUCCAUUUACUCUGGAUGAUGAGUCGUUGGUAGAACUUGACUCCCUUGGCUCCUUUUUUGUACAUCUUAUUGACAUCGAUUGCUCUCAAGAUGAUGCUGAGGCCAGUCACGCAGAUGGUGAAGAGAAACAACAACAUGAAGUUCGCCUCACAACCCAGAACAUCGGUCAUGGAAAUCUUUCCUCCGACUUACCCAACACGGAACCUCUCACUCCUCUUCCGGCGACUCAACUAGGACUCAGAUUCCCCUCUUCAAAGUCGCUCCUGGCCAAGCCCAGCAAAAAGCUGAAGGUAAACAAACUGGCCGAAGACCCCAAGGUUGUUGAGCCGGAGAAACGGACCAUCUCUAAAGCCUCUCAGCAAACUCCGGUAGUUGCUGCUGAUGACCCGCCACCAGAGACUCACGAUGUCAUGGUGGAGCCAAUGGGUGUUGACCCAUCCAGUGCUAAGCCGCCCAGUCCCAUAAGACCUGCUGAUGAAGCUCCUUCACAACAGGCUGCGGAGGAUGUUAUUAUUACUGCCACUAGCUACACUGAGCCUGGGAACCCCACCAUUUUGGCCAAGCACUCUUACAAAGAGGAGUUAAUUCAAGAGCAAGGCCAAGACGCUUUGACUCAGGCUGAGUCCCAGGUGGUUAACUUAAAUACCAGGCUCGAGCAGCAAGAGGCUAAAACACGCGAAGCUGAGUCCAAGCUUAAGCUUAGUCUUGAAGAGAGCGAGAAGUUCAAAGCCGGAUUUUCCACAGAAAGAACCGCCUGGGAUAAGGAGAAGGCCACCUUGGUUCAAAGAGCAGAGACUACCGAAUCUUCUUUGAAGGAAACUGCUGCCGAAUUGACCGGCUUAAAACGCCACAUAUCCCAGAUGACAUCUGCUAUCUUUGGCCCCAGAAGUGCUAACCUCAGCCAAGACAUGUUGGUGAAGCUGAAGGCGGUUUACACUCUGCACGAGCACGCUCGGGCAGAUGUCGUGACGUCCCUCGCGGCUUCUCGCGAGGCCUGUGCCCGCGCUCUGGAGGAGGUCGGCGCCAUUGACCGCCGUCGUGAGGCGACCGAGGAACGGGAGAGGGAGCUUCAGGCUUCGAACGUCGCCCUUGAGCGGCAGGUCGGAGCGCACAGGGCCGCCCUGGCGGCAUCGCCGAACGUGCCCCCCUCCGAUGAGAAAGGGAUCCAGGAGCGUGAGGAUGCGCUGGCACUUGGGGUCUUUGAGCACAGCCUGGAGCUCGAGCGGCUGGAGGUGAGGGAGCGCCAAGCGACCGCGACUAAGGACGCCAUUGUCGCUCGGGAAGCCAGGGUCCAGCAGGAGAUUGACCAAAGGGUGGCGGAGAUACGCAAGGCUCUUGUCGAGGAAUACCGCCGGAAGUUGAGGCUGCAGGAGGUCCGCUUCCAACAAAAGCAAACCGAGCUACAGGGCAAGAUCGAUGCCCUCAGGACGAAGCUGGCUGCAGCGGAACAUCGCGAGAAGGCCGCCGAGGAGGCUCGGGCCUUUGCCCAGGCCGAGCUGUCCGCCCUCCAGCAGCAGGUCGCGGGAGUCACGUCUCUUGUGGAGAAGGCUAUGAACGAAGCAAGCCACUGUCGGAAGAUGCAACGCGAGCACUCCUCGAUGCUUGAAGACCUCAGGGUUAGGGCCAACCGGGCCUUGGACACCAUCUGCAAAGAGAGUGUCUCCCGCCCGCACGAGGAUGAUGUUGCCGGCUACCUCCACUUCUUCACUCAGGUCGUGACCCGUCUGGAAGACCGGGCCACAAGGGCUCGCCAGCUUGUCGAAGAGAGGAGCCGGGGCCUCCUUGGGCGUGUGUUCUCAUGUGUCUUCAGCUACCUUCUUAGCCUUGACCCCGACUUUGACUUCAAUGCCACGAUAGCCCUCGUGCCAAUGCUCACUCAGGGUUAUCUGGCGAGCUAG